GUUGCCGCGUCGUCAAGCUGUACCUAAUCUACCUCAUCAACCCGGCCACUAAAUAAUUCCAACAUCCACGCCCACACCUACCAGUCUUUUCUCCUCCAUAACACAAACCCGCACAGGAGAAUAAACGUCCGUGGAUUCUCAAUAUCGUCCCGCAACCAUGUCAGACGGCCAGAUUCUAAAGCCUGACAAGGACUUCUCCAAGGAAGUUGACAAACAACUCCCAGAGGCCGAGGAGCUUGCGAAGGUAUUUCAUUCGUUGCAUCAAAAGCUUGAUAUAUCUGCUAACAUUGGAAAUUUGUAGACAAAUGUUCAGUCGGCAAUUGAGAAGCUCACAGCAUUAGAGAAACAAACCAGACAGGUGCGCACUCAAUCUUUCUCAUACAGCCAUCCAUUUGCUAACAGGACUCAAGGCAUCAGAUCUCGCAUCCACAUCUCGAAUCCUGGUCGCCAUUGUAACAAUCAGCAAAGAGUCGGGGGAUUGGAGUCUAUUGAAUGAGCAGGUUCUGAUACUUUCCAAGAAACAUGGCCAACUCAAACAAGCUACAACGAAAAUGGUUCAGGUGGUCAUGAGCUUUUUGGACACGACGCCGGAUUUGGAACCCAAAUUAUCAGUCAUUGAAACUUUGCGGACGGUCACCGAGGGAAAGAUAUUCGUCGAGGUUGAGCGGGCCCGUGUAACCAGAAUCUUAUCGAAUAUCAAGAAGGAACAGGGCGAUCUGAAGGCCGCCGCGGAUAUUCUGUGUGAGUUGCAGGUUGAGACUUUUGGUUCUAUGGGGCGACGGGAGAAGACAGAAUUCAUUUUGGCCCAGGUUGGGCUGUGCAUAGAGAAUGAGGACUGGACACAGGCUGGGAUUUUGAGCCGAAAGAUUAGCACCAAAUAUCUAUCGAGAAAGCCCAAGAAGACCGAGGAACAGGUCGAGAAGGAGAAGAAGGACCAUGAGGAGAGGAGGGAGAAGGGGGAGGAUGUGCCAGAGCCUGUUGAGGAUGAUGUUACUGAUUUGAAGCUACGAUACUACGAGCAACAAAUCACCCUAGCAAAGCACGAUGACAAGUACCUUGAUGCUUGCAAGCAUUACAGACAAGUUCUUGACACUGAGGCUGUAGAGGAGGAUCCACAGAAGCUCCAAUCAGUAAGUCUAUGAUAGUGUGGGUGUUGAACAUGAACUAACAGCAAUAGGUCUUGCAACGAAUUAUUUACUAUGUUAUCCUAGCUCCAUAUGACAACGAACAAUCCGACCUCCUCCACCGCGUUCACAAAGACACCCGAAAUUCUCAAGUUGCCCUCGAAGCCCAACUCCUAAAGCUUUUUACCGUCCAUGAACUCAUGCGAUGGCCUGAGGUUUCAAAGCUCUUUGGUCCUCAUUUAUGCGGAACCGAUGUAUUCGAUGUAUCACCAGGACAAUCUGCAGAUCCAAAAGCCAAUCAAAGAUGGGAGGAUUUGCGAAAGCGUGUCAUUGAGCACAAUGUUCGAGUUAUUGCCAAAUACUAUACCCGAAUUCAGAUGCCACGGUUGACUCAACUUCUCGAUUUGACCGAGGAUGAGACUGAAAAGUACAUCAGUGAGUUGGUUACCGCAAAGACGGUUUACGCCAAGAUCGAUCGACCUGCACGUAUUGUGAACUUUGCCAAGCCAAGAGAUGCGGAUGAUGUAUUGAAUGAGUGGAGUGGUAAUAUGAAGAGCUUGCUGGGCUUGUUGGAGAGAAUUGAUCAUUUGAUCACCAAGGAAGAAAUGAUGGCCAGAAUCCAACCAACGAAGCCAUCAAAGGGAACAAAGACAGGAAAGGUGUAUUAGAAGUCAUGAAUUUUUCUAAUAGCAUCUUUUCUAUUUUGAUGCCUCUGUACACUAGUCUAGACUCUAGGUAUCUAAAUCCCGUGAGCAACGUAUUUUAAUAUCCC